GUUCUUUUUCAACUUGUAGGGAAGUGGGGGAAGAUAAAACUGGACAGCUGAGCAGACCACAUCUUCAGGCUGUGUGGCUUUCCAGCUCCCUGCAGUAGCCAGCAUGUCUUGGGUCCUGCUUUCCAUAUUCUGGCUCAUCAUUCAAACCCAAGCAAUAUCCCCAAAUCAAACACCUGAAUUCAAGUUCCAUGAAGUAGUUCAUCCUAAAAAACUACACAUUUUACACAAAAGAGAGGCAGAGAAAAAUCAGACAGAGAACCAUGGCAAAGAGCAAGAAGAGUUUCUUCAGGCACAGAAAUACAUCAGUCUCUUUCUGGUGCUGGAUAAUGACUUUUAUAAGAACCAUAAGGGGAAUCUAACUCAGAUGAGAAGCUUUGUGUUUGAUGUGAUGAACAAACUCAAUGUGAUUUAUAACACCAUAGACAUUCAUGUGGCCUUGGUAGGAAUGGAAAUCUGGUCCGAUGUUAAUAAGAUAAAGGUGGAACCCGACAUAGGCCCCACCUUUAACCACUUCCUGAGAUGGCAUCUUUCUAACCUGGCGAGAAAGAAGACCCAUGACCAUGCCCAGCUUCUCAGUGGGAUGGGCUUCAGCCAUCGUCGGACAGGGAUGGUGGCUUCAAAUUCCCUGUGCUCUCCAUCUUCAGUGGCUGUCAUUGAUGCUAAAAACAAGAAUAAUGUGGCUCUCGUGGGAGUGAUGUCACAUGAGCUGGGUCACGCCCUUGGAAUGCCUGAUGUUCGAUAUGAUACCAAAUGUCCCUCUGGCAGUUGUGUGAUGAAUCAAUAUCUGACUUCAAAAUUCCCAAAAGACUUCAGUACGUCCAGCCGCUCACAUUUUCAAGAAUACGUUUUAUCUCAGAAACCCAAGUGCCUGUUGCAAGCACCUGUUCCUAAAAACAUAAUGACCACACCGGUGUGUGGGAACCAACUUCUGGAAGUCGGAGAAGACUGCGAUUGUGGCUCUCCUAAGGAUUGCACCAGUGUUUGCUGUGAAGCCGCCACCUGUAGACUGAAGUCGGAAGCAGGCUGUGGAAACACUCCCAACAACAUCACAAAGUGAACCAGAAAGUCUACUUCAUUGAGACGCUACCUUACCGGGACAAGAACCAAGACCUUAAUCAUGCCAGGAAUCUUGUGUAUUUUUACUUGUUUUUAUACUUGCUAUAUCUUUACCAGUGUAGGCAAAAGGUAAAUAGACAUCCUUAGAGAAGUUGCUUGUGUGAAGCCUAAUCUUUCAUGUAUUUUUCAAGAUCAGAGAGCUGUGGCUUAGUUCUGCUCUUUGAAGAACAAAAGAUAUUAACUUUUGACCCAGAACUCCUCAGAAUUCUCUGCUAAAUUAGAGUCAGUCAAGAAUUGUAAAAUUCAAGUGACUUGUACUUCAGGCCCUCUUUCAUUUUUCUGAUAUAACCUAAGAAAAAAAUGCGAGCACAUGGUGGGUAAAAACUUGGCAGCAGAAAGGACAGAGAGUUCAGGCCUCAGGUCUCACCUUCCUCCUCCCCGUUCACUUUGCUUUGCUCUUAGAAGUGUGGAACUUUGCUAUAUUGUGUCAAGAAUAAUUAAACAUGAACAUUUUUCAUUUUCAAAUGUGUAAUUCUAUACUAUACUCAUCUCUUCCCUUAUCACGUGUAACGGUUUAUCUUGAGAAACCUACAUUGCUCAUGUUUUCAUUGAGCCAGAAAGGCAGGCUUUCAUUCAUCUGUGGAUCUGAUGAACCGUCACACCAAUAAAAACACAACUUC